CUCAGUUGAAAACGUUCUGAAUACGCAGGUCAGUCAUGUUAUGAGGAGUUGUGAGGCUUAGAGAUAUUAAUAAGACAAAAUGACACCGUGCAAAGUCAUCGUGCUUCUUUUUCUGGGGUUGUUUUGUAAGGUUUCCGGGGCAGAAAACUCAACCCAGGUUUACUUUUUUGAGCUCGAAAUAGAUUCAUCUAUAGUUGGAACGGUAAAGAAACUUCUCUCAGAGCUGUCAGCCGUAGAUGUGUCUGAUGUCACUGUUUCAAACGUCAACGCCACAACAGAGUGUACGUGGAAUGGGACUGGAAACACAAAACACUGUUCGUGUAUAGAUGGGUACACAUGGAGUUCAGACGCGUGCACUAAUUAUAAGUGCUGCAAAACUGAAAACUGCACACUCAGAGAUACAGAAGCUGUCAUGUGUCUGUCUGAUAAAUCAGUGAGCAUCAACGGAUCGACUACCAUGGAUUUGAACUACAAUGACUUAUUUAAUUCAGACAACCAAAAAACGGAAAAGUAUGACAAAAUAACUGCUGAUAUAGCCGAAUGGCUCAAAGGAAAUUUCAGCGCACUGCCGUGGUUUGAUUCUUUGGUUAUCACAGCUUUCAGUCCAGGCAGUGUGAUCGUGGACUAUACGGUGCAGGUGCUCGGUCCCAUUAACAUCACUCAACUUGAAAUGAUAUCCAUCGCACUCAAACGAACUAUUCUAGUAACAAAAGGACUCGUGACUAUUAGUGUACCUAAAGAACAACCUGUUGCUGUUGGUUCAAGUCCAACGGUUACCUGUACGAGACAAGAGGACCUGGGAAGUGUGAAGUGGGUCUUGACGGACACGCAGAAUAAAAAGACAGCAAUCACCAAUGGAGCAGAAGCUAGCUUGAGCAGUCACAAAUUCACAGACACUGUUCAGCUGGAAAGCAUUUCAGGAAGUUGGAAAGGACUGUUUACAUGCGAGUAUACCAAAGAGCCCAUAACGCACAUUGCAAGUGAAAUGCUGGACGUUGCAGUUUUGCCAGACAUACGUGCCAGAAGCCACCCCCAAUUUCCCGACUGUUCGGAUCCAACUGUUCGGAUACCGCUUACAUUUCAAUGUACCAUUCAAGUAAGCACAGAAAAUUACACCGUUAGCUGGAACAGCUCUGACUUCAAGGAUCUCAGAAGUACAUCAUCAGUGACCAAAGGGGACUCCAUCCAUUACAGAGCAGAAGCAACGGUUAACUGCCCAGACAUGUUGACUAUUCAACGGGCGAAUGUCAUAUGCGCGUUCACGAACAAUAGAGCCAAAGUAAGCGGGAGAAUGAAUAAGAAGGAAGUGGCUUUGGAGAUCCCCAUCAUUCACAGUGACUCAACAGUCUGUUCCGCAGAAGGUCCCUGGCCUAAAACUAAAAGUCCUUACACGGCUGUUCUGGUUUGUGACUCCUCUGCUGUUGGUGAGAACAGGAGAAGCUGCACUGACGGUCAGUGGAAAAACGCAAUCUCUUAUUGUGUGAAUCUGGGCCUGUACGAUGUUCACAAAGAUGUUCAGGAAAUUGGUAAAGGAUUGGGUUAUAUUCGUGAAAACGCAGAGCGUCUCAUCUCUUCGUUAAAAACUAUCACAACAACCGAUAUGACUAUUAACUCCUAUGCAAAUAUAAACAUGUCUGUAGAUAUUCUGAAACAAAUGAAUGAAGUGUCUUUAAAUCAGUCGCAUCACUGGAACGACACCAUCAUGCCUAACUUUGUAUCAACUAUAAGUAACGUUUUGAAUGACACACGAGCCUGGAAUCAAACCCAAAACGCCACCAGUUUAUCUGUAGAUUAUCUACAGACUGUUGAGAACAUGAUAAAGAACUCAAACCUGUCCUCUGCGAAUCACACAAGUGUGAACGUCCAGCUCAUGACCUGUAACUCCAGCGACUGUAAGACCUUCGGUGCCAGCGUCAAGACAAAGCAGAACGUUGUAGUCGUUGCGUUUAAGAAUCUUGCUGAUAUUUUACCAAAAACCCUGAAGAAUGAGACUGUUGAUUCAGAAACCACCAUCUUAUCAGUGACCGCAGUAAACGGCACCAGUGACGCUCUGGAGAUGAACUUUGGUGGCAUACAAAGGCGUCGCCACCAUGAAAUGUAUUGUGUUUACUGGAAUGAAAAAGAGUGGUCCAGUGAGGGUUGUACGUGGGGUGGCGCUUCUAAUUCCACGUUCUGUAACUGUACACACAACUCUGCCUUCACUAUCUUGAUGUCCAAACAUCCGGUAACGCUCCUGUAUAUGCAGGAACUGACUUACGCUUGUUUAGGAGUUUCAAUCGUUUCUCUUGUGCUGUGCAUACUGAUUGAGCUUUUGGUGUGGGACACAGUUGUGAAAUCAAACAUCGGCAAUUUUCGUCACAUAGCCUUAUUGAACAUCUCCGCUUGGUUGCUUUUUGCGUAUGGUGCGUUUUUAGGAACGGCAGAACCAGAGAAAACCUCCUCAAACUGGUGCUUGAUACUGACCGUGGUGAAACAUUAUUGUUUCCUGGCCGUCUUCUUCUGGACGUUGUGCUUGAGUUUUCUUCUUCUUCACCAGCUAAUAUUUAUUUUUGAACAGCUACGGAAGAAGGUUUAUUUGGCAUUUUCGAUCACUCUUGGUUACGUGUGUCCAUUAGUGUGCGUGGCAGUGACCUUCGUUCAUUUCGACAACGGUGGGGUUGGUAAAUACUAUUCGAAUGAGACUUGCUGGCUAACGUAUGAAUCUGGGUUAAACGGGUCCAUCUUUGCAUUCAUUUUUCCGGCUGGUACUAUUGUGAUUAUAAAUAUGUUCACGCUGUUUGUGGUCAUCAUGAAAAUCGUAACGCCUGCUGUGUCUGAGGCCAAAGCUCGAGACGAGAAGGCUGUUGUAAAGGGCAUCAUUAAGACCAUAGUUUUCCUGAGCCCUAUCCUUGGAAUAACAUGGAUCUUAGGAUUUCUUGUGUUCUGGCUGGAUCUUACACAGACGCCAUAUGCCCAGAUUGUGAAUUAUGCAUUUACAAUACUGAAUUCACUACAGGGCUUUUUCAUAUUGCUCACAAACUGCUUUGGAGAGAAAAGGGUUCGAGAAGCACUUUCAAAGCGUUUCAGAGGCAAGCCAUCAGUGCAUUCAAAAAGUGACCACUCGACCAAAGUGACAUCAGUGAUAAAGAAGAAAUGAUUGCACAGAUUUUUAAGGUGUCAGCAACAUGGCGAUAUUUGGAACAGUGGGGGAAUUUGUGGAAGACAACGGUGACUGGCUGGAGUAACGGAGCGCCUUGAGCAUUUUUUCGCCGCUAAUGACAUUACGGAGGAAGAUAAGAAACGCUCCAUCUUGUUAAGAUUGCAACGCCACGGAAACCGGCAUACAAGGAUUUAAGUGUAUAUGAGUGUAACAGUAUACGCCACAUUGUAGUUAUCUUUAAAUGCUAACUUAACUUACGUGUUCGUGUAACUUUUAACACUAUUGUUUCUUUGUGCCCUUAAACGGUGCCCUUUGUGCAUUUUUUCUGAAUUCAACAGUGUAAACAUUCGG